AUGGGCUCCAGCUCCUCCUCCUAUGCCCCCAAAGCCAUUUAUCUGGAUGUGGAUGGGAAAGUGCAGAAGGUGGUGUUCAGCAGACACUGCAGUCCUUGUGAUAUUAAGGAGCUUCUUUGUACCUCAUCCAACAUCCCCAGGAACACUGCAAUCAUGAUGGUGGAUCCAGAAGGUGCAUUGGUCUCGAUAGAUCCCACCAUGCCCACCAACUCUCCCAACUCUCUGUACAAAAUUGUCCCCCUGUCUACUGGCCAACUUGGAGAGAAGGAGGACAUGUUCCAGAACGUGUUGUCCCAGGUGGCAGAGCAGUUCAGCAGAGCCUUUCGCAUCAAUGAGCUGAAGACUGAGGUCACCAACAGGCUUGCCAUGCUGGAGAAGAGAGUAGAGCUGGAGGGUCUGAAGGUGGUAGAGAUUGAGAAGUGUAAAAAUGAUCUGAGGAAGCUUCGGGAUGAGAUGACAUCGAGAGGCGGUGGCAGGGUAAACUGCCCAUGUAAAUACAAUUUUGACGACGGGAAGAAGGUCACUCCGAGACGAGACGUCCCCAACUACCCAAAAUAUACACUGUCACAGGAGACUGUUGAGGCACUAAAGAAGCCGACAUUUGAUGUCUGGCACUGGGAGCACAAUGAGAUGCUGAGCUGUUUGGAGUACAUGUAUCAUGACUUGGGGCUGGUGAAAGAAUUCAACAUGAACCCCAUCACACUCAAACGCUGGCUGUUGGCUAUCCAGGAGAACUACCGCAACAACCCCUUUCACAACUUCCGCCACUGCUUUUGCGUUAGUCAGAUGAUGUACGGCAUGAUCCACCUCUGCAACCUGCAGGAGAAGCUGACUCUCACUGAUAUGGGCAUUCUAAUGACAGCUGCGGUGUGUCAUGACCUGGACCACCCUGGAUACAACAACACGUACCAAAUCAAUGCGCGGACAGAGUUGGCGGUGCGCUACAAUGACCUCUCGCCACUGGAGAACCAUCACUGCGCCGUAGCAUUCCAGAUCCUUUCCCUUCCUGAGUGCAACGUCUUUGCAAAUGUGGAUCCCGAAGCAUUUAAACAGAUUCGACAGGCCAUAAUCACCCUCAUCCUGGCCACUGACAUGGCCAGACAUGGCGAGAUACUGGACUCAUUCAAACAGAAGGUGGACAGCUUCGACUUCACCAAUGAGGAGCAUGUGACAUGUCUCAAGAUGGUACUGAUCAAAUGCUGCGAUAUUUCCAAUGAGGUGCGGCCCACCGAGGUGGCUGAGCCGUGGGUGGACUGCCUAUUGGAGGAGUACUUCAUGCAGAGUGACCGGGAGAAGUCGGAGGGCCUCCCGGUGGCCCCCUUCAUGGACCGAGAUAAAGUUACCAAGCCCACUGCUCAGAUAGGCUUCAUCAAGUUUGUCCUCAUCCCCAUGUUUGAAACUGUCAUGAAGCUUUUCCCUCAGAUUGAGGAGAUCAUGGUUCAACCCUUGAGGGACUCCAGAGACCACUACGAAGAGCUGAAACAGAUUGACGAUGCCAUGACAGAGGGGUCCUCUUUUGUGUUCAAAUUCAGCAAAGACUUUAAGAAGAGCGAGUCUGGGUGAAGUCGUUGCAGCGCUGCGUUCUGACGGUCAACAGAUGGAGCGACAGGAGAGAGCAAAGAGACGACACAGCUACAGCUACAUACUCAACUAAAGUUAGGCACCGAGGGGCAUCAAUGAUAUGUAUUGUCUAAUGUUAAAAAUGUACUGUAUAUACAGGUAUAAUACGGUAAAGUUUUGCUGCUCACUGAGAAUGAUGAUGGCCUCGCGCGAUGCCACCAUAUUGAUAUCUGUAAACGGUCCAGAGUGUGGCUGACUGCGCUCGGAGUGCAUUUCUGAACGCACCCCAUAUCGUAUCUGUUGCGACCAUGUCCGUUUGACGAUUGGAUUUAGCUUGUUUACUAGAGAACAGAUUUGUUGAUUGUACCACCACUUCACAGAGCAAAUCUCCAAGUCAAAACAAUGUCAAAGAAAAGGGCAAAUUACUCUGCUCCUUUUAAGAAAAAAGUGAUCACUGUUGCUGUCUGUAAGGAACCGUGAAGCAGCUCGACAGUUCAACAUAAAGCUAUUGCGAGAUUAUGGAGGAAAUCCAAAGAAAAACUCCUACCUGGUAAGACUGUACUAUUUUCGACAGUACUAUCAUAGCAUAUAAUUGAGCAUUGAUUUGAAAACAAUCACUGUCUUUGUUCUUUGCUUAUGUGAGAACUCGAGUAGAAAUGCAAGGUGAGGAAGCGACACAAACGUCAGAGCAUGCACACGAAGCAGAACAUUUCUUUGAAAAUCCUUAUGAAAUACGAGCAAUAGUGUACUUCAUGUUUUACAUAUGGAUACCAGAAAAUCGAUGCUACGUAUUAUAUAUAGGUAGAAGUCAAUUACUGAUUUCAGGGGUCCAUUUUGGGGGUGCGUAUUAUAACUCGAGAGCGUAUUAUACACGGGAAAUUACGGUAUUCCCAUUCACAGAAUUCCCAAAUUUUCACAAUAAAAUAUCCUAAUUAAGAGAUUUUUACAAAUUGUUAGCCUAAGAGCAUACAGUAGUUUUUGUUUGGUUGGUUGGUUGGUUGUUUUUUCUCUCGAAAGGUUUUAUUUAACAAUUUAGAACGGAAGUUGCCUAUGUCAUGGAGUAUUUUCGGAAAACAAGAAAAAAAAACUUAAUUCAACAAAUACGAAUUCAACCUUUGUGUAUUACCAUCACCUGGAUGGCUGAGAAUCUACAUGCCGCACUUAAAGAAAAACAAAAUUUUUAGCAAGCACAUUGGUAUUUGGUAUUGAUAUUUUGAUGGUGAGUUAAAAAUGACUUGGGCAAUUAUGCUAUUAGGCUACUGGUAGUGUAUUUACCUCCUCCUUUUACAUUUCUUCAUCGAUUCAAACCAUUACAAGUUAAUUCUCAGGGCAUUGAAUCGAUAUUCAUAGGCAUAUUCCCAGUUCAAAUUAUUCAAGUAAUUCAGGACAUCUUGGCAGCUAUUAUCUUUCACAGAAUUCACAAUUUUUCACAAUAAAACUCUCAAAUUAAGAGAUUUUUACAUAUUUAUCUCCUUAUACACACACACACACAAACACAGAAUUCUCCGUCAAUUCAAACAAUUCACCUUUCUAAUAACAAGCUCAUUCAGAACUUCUUGGGAACUAUUCCCAUUCCCAAAAUUACAAAAUUAUCAAAAUAAAAUUCCCUGAUUAACAAAUAUUUUCACAAUAUUCUGCAACUUCUUCUACAUUUCUUGACAGUUUCACACCAGUCCAAUUUAUAAUGUUCAGUUCAUUCAGAACGUCUUGGAAACUAUUCCCAUUCCUCAAAAUAACAUUUCCUGAUUAACACAUAUUUGACAAUAUUCUAUUUUAGCUCCUUCAUUUACAUUUCUCCACUGAUUGAAAAUAUUUUAGCUUUGAAUAUUCAGCUCAUUCAGAACAUCAUGGAAACUAUUCCCAUUCAUAGAACGUACAAAUUGUCGGAUCAAAAUUCCCAAUGUAAGAUAUUUUUACAUAUUUACCGCCGCUUACGUUUCUUGACUCAUUCAAACCAUUCCAACUUAUAAAUAUUUAACUCAUUUGGGACAUCUAAGCAACUAUUCCAAUUCCUAAAAUUCCCCCCAA